UUGGCUAGUGUUGCGGACGAUGCUUUAGUUUGUAUUUGGGACCUUAAAGCUCGCGACCUUACCUGUGAGCCUAUUUCUGGCCACAAAGGCGCUGUUUGGACUGUCAAAUUCUGUUCCGAUGAUUUGCGUCUCGUCACCGGAGGAGAUGACGGGACGAUCCAUACAUGGGACGUGCAAUCUGGAGCUUCGCUACAGGUGAUCUACGCACACCGCUACGCCACUCGCACUCUCUAUGUUUCUCCAGACGGUUGUCGGAUAGCAAGUGGUUCCCACGACAAUACUGUCUGCAUCUGGGACGCAAAAACGCAAAAACGCAUCUUCAAGCCGCUUCAACGUGAGGGCGGGCUACGUUCCAUGUGCUUCUCUCCUAAUGGGACACAAAUGGUGACUGGGUCUUGGGACGGCAUGGUAUGUUUGUGGAAUAUUUCCCCACUUGGGGCAGAUAAACUGGUUUCCUUCAAGAAUGGAAGACCUGUUACCUGUGUACAUUAUUCAGCGGACGGGUCAAAACUCCUUGGCGCAUCUUAUGAUCAGCAAGUCCGUGUGUGGGAAGUAAAGACAGGGAAGCUUCUCCAAGUUUUCGUUCAUGACGACUCGGUUACGACAGCUGCGUUUUCUCCAGACGGAGAGCGCGUUGUCAGUGGAACCACGAAUGGAUUUUUGUACAUGUGGAAUGUAGCCACUGGA